AUGUCUACUUUUUCAAUUCUUACACGUCAAUGUCUUGAGCUGAGUGAAAUCUGCCCGAAAUGUAAAUGGAAUUGUGAUCAUUACCGAUCAAAUGGCUUUUGCCGUUGUAGUCCAUAUGGUAAACGCGAUUGUGAUGUAAGUCGAGAACAUUGUUGGGCAAACGUUUCAAUCCACAUCGACAUGCCAUCAAAUCCUCGACUUUCUGAAGUGAACAUAAUCAUCGAUGCUGAUAAUUUCUCACAACGGAUCGNCGUAGAUAUUGUGUGUCAUUUGUUACUCAGCGAUAACGAUCGAUUUCGUCAACGUGCUGAGCUAAUCUUAAGUCGAGAGAGUCGAAAAAGUUCUCAACUAGGCUGGGAUGUGCUUAAAGCUUUCAUUAAUAACUGCGUUUACUAUCGCUGUCAAAAUGCGUAUGUCAGCGUGAUUUUGCUGUGGAUGUUUGAAGAGGUAGAAAUCAAUGAUCGUGAUCAUCUGGCUAAAAUACUGAAACUCGAACUGGAAAGAACUCGUUUUUAUUUGUAUAGACAAGCGAAAGGUGUAGAUGCGUUGAAGAAGAAUUGUUCUUUCAAAGAUUUUCAAGCAUCAGGCAUGGAUGUCAACAUUUCCAUAGCUUAUCUUAUCCAUAACAUGAGUGUGAAUGUAAUGCAGGCAUUCAUCGACUAUAUUUUUGCUCAUAUGUCUUCUGAAAUGGAAGGGAGCGACAUUGAACUAUAUGAUCAACAUCUAUCCGUUAUAAUCUUUUACAUUGGACGAAAUUUUUUCGAUAAGACCAACGAUGUUGAUUCUUAUGCGUGUAGAUUACUAACAAAUUAUUUAGUAGAUAUCUUAGAGAGUGAACAUAUCGUCAAGUUUCAACUAAUCCAACAGGCAGUUUUUGCUGUGCUCGGUUAUCGCGGCUCCUGCUAUUUUGAAUUAAGUACUGAUGUGACAUCCGAUCCAAUAUUUACAUUGAUAGUUGAUUUGUACACCAUGGACAAGAAUAGCGACGAGAAAGAAACGCGCGUAUUAUCUUUAACUAACAUACAUGCGGACUACUCAAAAGAAAUAUUGAUUAAAGCAGUGGCCUGUGAUGAUUCAACACGAAAAAUGUUAGAAAAGUGUGAGACAAAAGCCAUAUCGGAUGCAGCUUUGUGGACUCUAUCGAGAUCCUAUUGUGGUGAUCGCCGUAUGGAUGAUCUUUUGGAGGUUUUCGGAGUUGGAGACUGCCAAUUAUGUUACGAUUUUUUAAUGAAAAGUAGCGGAUAUAUCUACAUCUCCGAAGAUUGUGCGGUGCGAAUAGAACAAAUCACAUACUUCAUUCUAAAAUUUCAGUCCUUACUUCCGAAAUUCAUAAAAGACUUAUAUGAAAGUAUUAAACAUUUCACUGAUAAGAUAGCUUACGGUGAUGAAAGUCAUCAUCAUGUUCAUUUUGGUGAGCCAAUAUUUGUUGAAGUUGCAGCCGAAUUAACCAAACAUAUACCCACCGCAUUUUGUAAUGAGGUUCGGCAAAAUGAAAACUUUAAAGAGGUUGACUUUAUGAAAAAGCUAUAUUAUACAAGUCUUCAGCAUUCGUUUCCUCGACGCGCAGCUUGUAUUGAAGUCUUAUCUACAUUUGGUAAACUUACCGUAGAUCUCGCGAGCAUGUUCGUCACAGCUUUGCGAGACAACGCUCAUUUGCAACGUACUGUUUAUCGAUGCGUUUCGCGCAUACAAAAAGCAACUCGAGAUGCGAUCGAAUAUUUACUUAAAACAUUAAAUUCACUUUCGAUGAACAAUCGCUACAUUGCUGCUAAGCUACUCGUUGUGUUAGUGCAUAAAGACGUUGCGUCAAUCAACGAAGUUCAAGACGCAUUAAUACAAGCGAUUGAGAAUUCCACUUCCAAGGAGGAGCUAUGGGUGAUCGAUAAUUUGGAUAGUCCAAAUCAGUUUGAAAGAAAAUAUGUUUAUCUCUCACGACUAGAUGAGGCACUGUACGGACUAUUGAUUCAGUUGUCAUUUCUACAAGCAAAUGAUAGUAUUCGAAAUAUAGUUCGUAAAGAACAGAACAAAAAAUAUGCCAGUAUUUUCAAGGCGGACUUUGAAAAUGUUAACAAAGGAGCGGAAUUAGCAGCUUUUCAUAUCCAAAGUGAAUAA